UGUGCAGCAACAAGUCAGCCUCGCGUCAGUUGGUGCGUCAUCAUCACCGGAUGAUGGAUGCAGCUCUUUCUUAAUACAAAUUUUACAAAUGCAACACAGUGUGUGAAUGUGCGCGUGUGUGUGUGUGUGUGUCGGCACAAAUUUAAGCAAACAAAUCUAUUCCCGCUGCCAUAGAGCGUUGCCAUAAGCGUUACCAUAUUUCGCCCCCAAUAACGUACGCUCCACCGUACAACUUCAUUUGUCAUCCCGGGCUCCAUGCGCGUACGGUGGAGUCCAUUGUUGGUGGAAGUUGGGAAGCACUAGGACCGGCACUACCACGGGCCACGAUGCGGGCAAGGUUGUGGCUGUCUGUCCGUGGGCUAGCAAAAUUGAAAGCAUCCAUUUGUCAGUGUCUUACCGAAGAUGAUGGUGCGCUGUGAGCUGUGAGUCGCUUCUGUCGUCGCAUCUGUGUCGCUCUUGGCAACGGUCUUGGCAACGGUUAGCACGAGGUGUGUGUGUGUAUGUGUGAGAUAGAGAAAGAGGGAAACGAAGAGACAGAGGUGAAAGUUUGCCAAGCUUUAUGUAAAUGCGUACGGCGAAAAGCUUCAUCGAAUGGUGCAAAAUUCAACUCCAAGUCAUCAGUGUAUCUUAUUGUAGUCGUAGCGUCUAUGGUUGUGCUGUCCGUCGGCUCAAAUGGUCAGGUGUUUGCCACGAGUGCCAUCCGAGGCAUUCGCUUCCUGCAGAUCCUGCGCAUGCUGCACGUGGACCGGCAGGGCGGUACCUGGCGGCUGCUCGGCUCGGUCGUGUUUAUCCACCGGCAGGAGCUGAUUACCACGCUGUACAUCGGGUUCCUGGGGCUCAUCUUCAGCUCGUACUUCGUGUAUCUCGCCGAGAAGGACGUGCUCGGGCCGGACGGGAAGGCCGACUUUGCCAGCUACGCCGAUGCGCUCUGGUGGGGCGUCAUUACCGUCACCACGAUCGGGUACGGCGACACGGUGCCGCAAACCUGGAUGGGCAAGAUCGUUGCCUCCUGCUUUAGUGUGUUCGCAAUCUCGUUCUUCGCACUGCCGGCCGGUAUCCUGGGAUCCGGAUUCGCCUUAAAAGUACAACAGAAGCAGCGCCAGAAGCACUUCAACCGGCAGAUACCGGCCGCCGCCAUGCUGAUCCAGUGCCUGUGGCGCUGCUACGCCGCCGACAAGAGCUUCCACAGUGACGCCACCUGGCAGAUCUACGUCAAGUCGGCCGACAACGGCAACAACAACGGCAACAGCAGCACCGCCCUUCCCUCGCAGUUGGGCAAAGUGAGUGCGAUGUUUAGCGGUACCCUUAUGGUGCAGGUGGCGCGGCGCGGUGCAUCGGUGCUGAAGCGACGGAAGUCCCGGAACCGCAUGGAGGCGCCCCAGAUGAAGCCCCCGCUCAGUGCUGGGCCGGGCGGUGGCCCGUCGGUGGGCGGUACGACGGCAACGCAGACGGCAGCAGCAGGAGGACCAAAUGCUUCCGGUGUGAGUUGUGCUUCCGCAGCCGGUCCUGGCGGUCCGGGUGGCAGUGGCGGAGGGGGCGGUAGUGGUGGUGGUGGUGGUGCCAGCGGGAGCCUAGGACCGACGGCACUCGCUCAAACGGCCGCCGGUAGCAUGGAUGGUGGACCGCUCGGCACGCCGAACACACCGGGCGGUGCGGCCGACCUGGCGAAAAGUGAGUCCGACGGGGACGUCGUCUUCUACAUGGAGGAACCACGAUCAGCAGGUACCCCACUGCGAACGCGCCGUAACGAUCCGAACCGGGGCGUGUUCGUUAGCCAAAACAGUUCCGUCACGGAAGCACCGAGCGACGAGGUGGAAGCCGAACCGGAACCGGACGACGAACCGGAACCGGCCCGUGUCACGCAAUUGACGGAAGCGCACCGGAACGCGAUACGGGCGAUCCGGAAGAUCAAGUACUUUGUCGCGCGGCGCAAAUUUCAGCAGGCCCGCAAACCGUACGACGUCCGCGAUGUGAUCGAGCAGUACUCGCAGGGCCAUCUGAACAUGAUGGUGCGCAUCAAGGAGCUGCAGCGCCGGCUGGACCAAACGCUCGGCAAGCCGGGCAGCUAUCUGGCCGGCAUCGACCGGGUCGGCAACGUGAAGCCGAUGACGGUCGGCGCCCGGCUGUACCGGGUCGAGCAGCAACUGUCUGUGAUGGAUAAGAAACUGGAUCAAUUAACGCACGCCAUCAACUCGAUGACGAUGCAGCAGAAGAUGAUAUUACCGCCGAUGCAACCGUACCAGCAGGCGCAUCAUCCGCUGCACCAGCAGCAUCCGCUCCAUUCGCCCGCGACGCUCGGUGCCAUCGUGCAGCAUCAGCAAUCGCAGCAGCAGCAGCAAUCGCAGCAGCAGCAGCAGCAGCAGCAGCAACAUCUGCAGCAACAAAUCUCUCCACUCCAGCUGCCGGCUGCCCCAUCCCAGGCUUCCUCACCUUCGCUCGCGAUGAAGUGUCUCGAGGACGAUGUGUAAUAUUUAAUCUAAGCUCGUUCUCUCUAAGCACGUCCACACGUUCGAUGUACAAAACCAGGGAGAGGAGGAGCAGCAGCAGUAGCAGCAGCAGUAGCAGCAGCAGCGGCGCUAGCGAAGAAAAGCAUUGUGUUCAAGGUGUGCGAACGGGCGAGCAGGUGCGAGCAAUUA